AUGUCUCGCAACGUUCGCAACAAAUCCUCCGCGGCUGCCCGCAAAGCUGCCAAACGCCGUGACUCUAUCACUUCCUCUUCGUCGUUUAAUCUUUCCGACGAUGAAGGCUAUUCGGCAGUUGAGGACAUCAGCGACUCCUCCGAUGACGACGAGGAGGAUGUCGUCGCGGCCGAGGAGGAGCACAUUCUGCAUGAGGUACUGCCACCCAGUAUCUCGAGCUCUCCUCGGCCGCCCAUUGUCCAAGAAGAAGAGGACGAUGACGACGAUGAUGAUCAAGAACAUGAAGAAGAAGACGAAGAGGAAGAAGAAGACGGCGCUGCCGAUGUUGAGGACAGUGCCAGUUGGGACGGCAUCAUGUCUGAUGUUGAGGAAAGUGCGGCUUCUGACCACCAUCAUCAUCGUUCUGAGCCAAUGGAACGUCAUGUCCGUUUUGAUGUUCCCUCGAGUGAUUCCGACUCAACCGACACUGAGGAUGAUCAUGCCGAUUUCUUCCCUGACAUAUUUGUCGACCAGAGCUCUCUUGACCCGGCCUUCCGCCGCGAGAUCGAGAAUGAUGAUGAAAACGACGAGUCUGAAGCCUCCAACUCGUUCUGGGACUACCAUGGCGACUACCAUGGAGCCUAUGAAUACGGCCCCGGCGCAGACUCGGACAUCGAGGCUGUCAUUCAGGAACUUGGCGAUGACGACACCCCUAUUGCUACCCCCAUGACUGCGGGCGAAAUCUCCGAAAUGCCCACUCCAGUCGCAGCUUUUGAGGAAACUCAGGAGCUGGACGGCUAUGAGACUGAUGGUGACACUACUGAGGAAGAUGAACCUGAGCCUGUUGUCCGUCGCAAGAUUAAGCGUCCUGAGCAGCCUGCCGGCCAGUGGGAUGACUCCGACACGGAUCACCCGGUCAAGGGCGAGCGUGGCCAACCUCGCGUUGGCCGCUUCAACCUGGAUAGCUCUGAGCGUAAGCCCAUUGCUGUCGUGAACCCCAUCUCCAGAAAGAUGAUGAUCUUCACCCCUCACCGCCGUCGCCAUCUUGACUUGUCUCCGGAACAGUUCAACUUCUCCUACCUUGCACCCAUUGAUGAGAACCAGAACUCUCCCAUGCUCAGCAACUCCGCCCAGAUCAUGAUGAGCGCCAUGUUCUCGUCCAACACCUUUGGUGACUACCUCAACACCCAGGCGAUGGGUCCUGCCGAGGCCUUCUUCCCUUUCCAGUCGGAGCCCAAUACUGCCGACGAGAGCUCCGAGAUAGAAAUCGAGGACGAAGAUGAGAUUGAAAGAAGCCUCGACAUUAAUGAUUUCAUCGAAUUUGAUGACACUCGGUCGCUUGAUGGCGAUGAUGAGAACCAGUGGGACGCUGAUCCCCUCAACUCAACCCCUGGUCGCCCACGCAGCUCCAGUGACGUUGAUCUCCAUUCUCAUAUCAACGCGAGCAACGUCGGGGCCUUCCGUCGGGACCAGAUCAACCAGCGACUGAUCUUGAGCGACAAGGCCACCCAAGACUCGCUCGCCCUCAGUAGUCCUUACAACUACACUGCCCUGCGUGGUCUCAAAUCUGAUCGUUUCGAGACGGCGGCGGUCCCAUUGACCCCUCUGCGGCGCUCCAAGAAGCAGAUGCGCGAUGUCACGCGCAGCCCCCUCGAGUCCAUGUCCCAAAAGCGCAAGGCAUCCAGCGAGAUGCCUAUGGCCCACAAGCGCCAGCGCAGCAUCUCGGACGUCAACCUACUGCGCAUCUAG